AUGCCGAUCGGUGUGAUGCUGCGGUGGAAUGAGGAUAAGGGUUUCGGUUUCAUCCGACCGCUGGAUGGAGAUGGCCCUGAUUUGUUUUGCCACAAAUCGGCACUGCUGGAUGGCGACAACAGUGUCCUCGACGGCGAUGAGGUCAAGUUUGUGAUGGAAUAUGACGACCGGAAGGGUAAGGAUCGUGCCAUUGAGGUGGAGCGCUACAUCCGCAGCAGUCACUCACCACCUCCUCAACGGCCUCCGCCACCCAGCACCCGAAGAGAAGGUGACUGGGACUGCCCAAAGUGUAAAUUUAUGGUUUUCGCCACGAAAUCUGAAUGCAUGAAGUGUGGCCUCAAAAGGGAAGAUGCAGACCAGAUUCGUCAAGAAAUGGCGGAGGAAGCCAAAAAAACACAGGACAAGAAGACCAAGGAUGGAAAGGACGGAAAGGACGGUAAAGGAGAUCGUAAGGACGGCAAAGAUGACCGUGAUCACAGCCGAGAUCGCCGCCGGCGCCGCAGCGGUGGCCGGGACGGCGACAAACACGGCGACAAACACGGCCGCGAGGGCCGCGAGGGCCGCGAGGGCCGCGAGGGGCCGUGGCCGGCGCGACAGCAGCCGCAACCGGAACAAGGAGCGAAGCCGGCGACGGAGCCAUUCGAGAGGCAAAGACAGAGACCGGCGGCGGCGCGAGCGUAG